CUCAUCUUCACGAGGAAUGUUUCAUCCUAACACAACAUACCGAACAUCGAAUUCAUGUAAACGCUUUCGAAAAAGUUUCUUGUUGGAUUACAGACUGAUUUAAGUUGGCUGGAAGCUGGAAAGGAAAAAAAAAGAAUUGCAUCAAUUCCAAUGUCAUCAGAGGAUAAGAGUCUGGAGCCCUCUGACCAAGGACCAUCUCCUCCCCUGAGCAGUGCUGGGGGCACGCCCUCAGGGAGCCCGGCCCCUGCAGACAAGCGCCCCCGCGGCCGCCCACGCAAGGAUGCAGGCGCUGUCACACCUACAUCCAGGCCCAAAAGGAAAUCUCGCAGCCGAGGACGAGCUCAAGCGGAUGAUGAAGACAGCAUGGAUGGGACCGAUGCUGGCCAAAGUACAGAAGUUGAGAACACACCAGAGAUGGAGAUCGGAGAGCUGGAGGUAGACGAGGAGAUUCUCCAGCCUCUGGUGCUCUCUCCCAGGGAUGGGCAGCCGCUCUCCCCGCUCUUCCAACGCUCUGUCUCUGAGGACUCAGCAGGAUCAUCUGCCUCAGCCACGGAGAACCCCAAAAUCAGUGAAAAGCUCUGUGCCUUCUGCUAUUGUGGAGAGAAGAGUCUUCUGGGCCAAGGGGAGCUGAAGUUGUUCGGCCCGACCCCCGGCUACGUGCCGCUGCACAUCCGCAACCGCCGGGGCAGCUCAGAGAAAGACGACGACUACCACGACGAAGACGACAACGACUUUGACGACAAUGACAACAACAGGAGCCCGGGGCAGCAGGGGAGGGGCUCCAAAAAGGUUAGCUCUCCAGACAGUGGCCUACACUCUUCCUCUGCUCCAGGGAGCACUGACCCUUUUGGGGAGGAGCCCAGCCGUAAGGUCUGGGAUGAACUGGGCCAAAUUGGCCUCCCUGAUGACAUCAAUGUCCAGUCUUUAUUUGAUCCCACUGGACAAUGCUGUGCUCACCUGCGCUGUGCAGCCUGGUCAGACGGAGUAAGCCGCGGGGAGGGAGGACAGUCACAGCUCUACGUGGACAAAGCCAUUGACUCAGGGAGCACAGAGUGCUGUGCAUACUGUAAGCGCCUUGGAGCAUCCAUUAAGUGCUGUGAGGAGGGCUGUGGCCGCUCCUACCAUUACCCCUGUGCAGCUGCUGCCGGCACCUUCCAGGACAUCAGGAGAUAUAUGCUGUUCUGCCCAGACCACAUCCAGCUGGCCCUCGUACGAUCUAAGGAUGAAGUGAACUGUUUGGUGUGUGACAGUCCCGGUGACCUCCAUGACCAGCUCUUCUGCACCACCUGCGGCCAGCACUACCAUGGCACCUGCCUGGACGUCACUGUCACCCCACUCAAGAGGGCAGGUUGGCAGUGUCCAGAGUGCAAAGUCUGCUUGACAUGCAGAAACCCGGGCGAGGACAGCAAGAUGUUGGUGUGUGACAUGUGCGACAAAGGUUAUCACACCUUCUGUCUGCAGCCUGUAAUGGACUCCAUCCCCACCAAUGGUUGGAGGUGCAAGAACUGCCGGGUGUGUACUCAGUGUGGUACCAGAUCUAGUGGCCAGUGGUCCCUCAAUGGCCUGCUGUGUGAGGCUUGUCAACAGCAGCAGAAUCCUGUCCUGUCCUGCCCGGUCUGUGGCCGGGCCCAUGCCUCGGACGCCCCCAAGGACGCCCUCUCCUGUCACGCCUGCAAGAGAUGGAUUCACCUUGAGUGCGAGAAGCAGGAGGGCGGCGACUCAGCGACCCAGGUGGGGGAUGAAUACACGUGCUCCCUCUGUAAACGGGUUGAAGAGGAGACUAACCAGACUCAGAGCUGCUCUGUCCAGGAACCUGCCGAGCCUGACCCUGAGCCUGCAGAGGGACUGUUCAUGGCAGUGGAAGCUGAGGAGGAGACAGUGUCGCCUCAGGAGGAGACCAGAACGAGCCCUCUCUCUGAGGAGCCGAAGGCGCCCUCUCCAUCAGGUACAUGCACGGCUGCCGAACCUGCUCAGGAGAUUCAGGUGACUGUCACUUUGACAGAGGCUCCUGAGUCUCCACACCACUCUUCUGCUUUGGCAGGAGUAGCCUCCCUCUCCUCACAGGGCCCCGCAGUUCCCGAAGACCUCGACGAGGGGCGCGUCAUCGGUGCCGCGGAAUCGGGGAAAGAACCGUCUGAUGCCCUGCCAGGCGAGACAGAGGACGAUCCAAAAGCGGAUGCGAAAGCUGCUUACGCUUCGCCCACCAAAGAGACAUCUCCUGAGCCUUUGGCUGCACCUGAGGAUGAGCCCAUGGAGGUAUGUCUGUCAGUACCCUCACCAACAAAUGAGACUGUUAAAGAGACUGUUCCGGAAACUGUGGCUGAGGGUCCAGUAGAAGAGGAGAAGCAGGAGCAGCAGCGGGAGGAACUGGAGCAGCAGAAGCAUCAGCAGCCGCAGGAAGAGGAGGAGGAGGAGGAGGAAGAGGAAGAAGAGAGAGUUUUGCCUGAGGCUGGCAUUACCCCGCAGGCGGUUGAGGACAGUCCUACAGUAGAGAUGGACACCACACCUGCUAGUGAACGCAGCUUCUCAGGCUUCAGCUCCCCGACAGGGGAAGACAGGGCCCCCAAGCGCUCUCCAGGAAUGUCCCCUGAGGGCUCUGCUAAGCUGGCCCAGUCUCCCUUCUCCACAGAGGCCUCCCCAAGGCACACCCCUAACAACCAAACCCCCACCCAUAGCCAGAAUCAGAGCCAGGGCGGAUACAGUGCCAAUGUGCCUCCCACCACCUUCAUCUCCAUCACUCCCAAAAUAGGCAUGGGAAAGCCAGCCAUCUCCAAGAGGAAGUUCUCCCCAGGGAGACCCAGGGUAAAGCAGGGAGCAUGGAGUAACCGUAGCACAGUCAGCUCACCCUCCUGGUCUCCAGAGCGCUCAGAGGCCUUGGAUGGCCCUAAAGCAAGGCAGCUACCGGGCGUGGCCGUCUGGACCAUGAGAGUGGGUCGUGGAUCGGGCUUCCCUGGAAGGCGGCGGCCCAGGGGGGCUAACCUGUCUGGGAGAGGAGGCCGGGGACGCUCCAGACUGAAGGCUGACAGCAGCACUGUGGUGACCCCAGGGGUGAGCUUUGUGGAGACGCCGUAUGUGUUGAAGGAAGAGGAGGAGAACACAAUGCACAACACUGUAGUCAUGUUCUCAAGUUCUGAUGCCUUCACCCUCAGACAGGACAUGUGUGUGGUGUGUGGGAGUUUUGGACAGGGUGCUGAGGGCAGACUGCUUGCCUGCUCUCAGUGUGGCCAGUGCUAUCAUCCUUACUGUGUCAGCAUCAAGAUCACUAAAGUGAUUUUGAGUAAAGGCUGGCGAUGUUUGGAAUGCACCGUGUGUGAGGCGUGUGGACAGGCGACCGACCCCGGCCGGUUGUUGCUCUGCGACGACUGUGACAUCAGCUAUCACACCUACUGCCUGGACCCACCCCUACAGAACGUACCCAAGGGCGGCUGGAAGUGUAAAUGGUGUGUGUCCUGUACCCAGUGCGGCGCGACCUCCCCAGGCCUACGCUGUGAGUGGCAGAAUAACUACACCCAGUGCGGACCCUGCGCCAGCCUGGCCGUGUGCCCGGUGUGCGUGCGCAGCUACCGGGAGGAAGAACUCAUCCUGCAGUGUCAACAGUGUGACAGGUGGGUCCAUGCAUCCUGUCAAGGUCUUAACACUGACGAAGAGGUGGAGAAUGCAGCAGACGAUGGCUUUGACUGUGCUAUGUGCAGAAUGCACACACUGUCCUCACAGGGUAAUACUGUUGCAAAGCAAACCGACAGCAGUGAGCCUCCCAUAGUGGCCCAGAUUGUAACAAAAAUCAAAGAACAUGACUUUCAGAAGACUUACACUCAAGACGGAGUGUGUCUGACUGAGUCAGGAUUGUGCCAGCUGCAGAGUCUCUCUGUGCCCACGGCACGACGCAAACGGCCAAAACCCAAACUCAAGUUGAAAAUCAUCAACCAGAACAGCGUGGCCGUGCUCCAGACUCCCCCAGACCCCCAGUCUGAGCUCUCCCGCGACGGAGAGAUAGAGGACAGCAGAGAAGGGGACAUCACUAUGGACUGUGACGGCAAAUCAGACUCCAGUCCUGAGCGAGAGCCCGCUGACGAUGACCUGAAAGGAGGAGAGAGUGUCGACGGCAACAAGAAAAGGAAGAGGAAGCCGUACAGGCCGGGCAUCGGUGGCUUCAUGGUCCGUCAGAGAAGCCGGACAGGGCAGGGCAAAGCCAAACGCACCCUCAGUAGAAAGGAUUCCUCUGGCUCGCUGAAUGAGAACAUUGCGGGGAAAGAAGAGUGCUGGAACGAGCCAGACACGCCAGUGGAUGAGACACCACCUGUGACUGAGACGCUGGAGAAAGUGAAGAAGAGGUACAGAAAGAAGAAGACAAAACUGGAAGAGGCCUUUCCCUCAUACCUACAGGAGGCCUUCUUUGGGAAAGAACUGUUGGAUAAGAGUAAGCAGAGCAGGAAGGCACUGGGGACAGGCCUAUUGGAUGAUGACCCUUCUCACGGAGACAGCAAGCCACCCAAUGCCAACACGAGCUUUCUCGACCCGUCGUCUGACCCACUCCUCAGUGCUACUGCCACCCCCGUCCCAAGCAAAGCAGGGGCACUACCCAAUGCGGAGGAUCCUUUAGCGGACCUGGUUCUGCACUCAGACGAUGAUCUCCUGGGAAUGCUGUCGGAUGACCUGGUCAAGCCAGGCAAUGAUUCAGCUGGUUUGGAUAUUGGGGCCAUUCCGGACAUCCCUUCAGCUCCCUCUCACCCCACUCCUUCUCGAGGUCCUCGGCCUUUACAGGAGGAGCCCCUUGAUGCAAUACUGAGCCCUGAGCUGGAUAAAAUGGUGACUGAUGGUGCCAUUCUGAGUAAGCUCUACAAAAUCCCAGAACUGGAGGGAAAAGAUGUGGAAGAUCUGUUUACAGCAGUGCUGAGUCCAACUACCAGCCAGCCAUCCCAGCUAGCCCAGCCACCAAACCCUUCUCCCACUUUGCCAGUUCCAGCAAUUCCCUUACAGAACCCAGGGGAUGGUGGGAUGUUCCCUCGAAUGCCCAUGAUUAAUGGAAUGAUGGGACCAAACGCCCACUUUCCUCCAAACCCCAUGAUGACUGGACCAGGUGCUCCUGGGAACUUUUCCCCCAUCCACCGAAUGCCUUUUCCAGAAAACCUGAGGGAUAAAAAAUUCAACCAGCUAGGAGGUGAUGUGGUUGGUCCCUGGAGCUCCCCUGUCCCUGUCCCGGGAUCUGCCCCACCUGCAGAGACAGAGACAGACACCAUGUCCAAUGCUCAGAGAAGUACCUUGAAGUGGGAGAAAGAGGAGACCCUUGGUGACAUGGCCACUGUUGCUCCUGUCCUUUAUACCAAUGUGAACUUCCCUAACCUGAGAGAAGAGUUUCCAGACUGGGCUACCAGAGUUAAGCAAAUUGCGAAGCUUUGGAGGAAAGCUAGUUCUCAGGAGAGAGGACCCUAUGUGCAAAAGGCUCGAGAUAACAGAGCUGCCCUUCGCAUAAACAAAGUUCAGCUGUCUAACGACAAGAGACAGCAACACCAGCAGCUGCCAGAUCCUUUCGACCCCAGUGUCCCCAUGGAAACUGAGAUGAUCUUCAAGGACCCGCUCAAGCACAAAGAAUCAGAGCAUGAGCAGGAGUGGAAGUUCAGACAGCAAAUGAGACAAAAGAGCAAGCAGCAGGCGAAGAUUGAGGCCACUCAAAAACUGGAACAGGUUAAAAAUGAGCAGCAGCAGUUGCAGCAGCAGCAGCAGCAGCAGCAGCAACAGCAGCAGCAACAACAGCAGCAACCUCAGCAGCAACCUCAGCAGCAGCAGCAGUUCAGUGCUCAGUCCGGAGGAGACACUCCCAGUAGUGGUAGUCAACGUCCAGUGACUCCUCAGCCAAGCAGUGGUGGGAACGCUUCUCCAUUACAGCCAACGACCACCAAAGAUGGAUUUGCCCGACCUCAGGUCCCUGGAACACCUACAUCUGGGUCAUCUUCAGAUGAUGUGUUUCUGCGUCCUCAACCACCACCACCUUCUUCCAUGGUAAAGACCCCCACCCAUGAGGCCCCUUACACACAGGGACAGGCCUCUCAGCCCCAGUCCCCCCAGAUGUUCUCUCCUGGUUCAUCUGGCUCACGUCCAUCCUCUCCAUGGGAUCCAUACAGCAAAAUGGUUGGCACACCUCGACCGCCACCGGCAGGGUCAAGCACCCCCCGCAGGAACUCUCUCUCUGACAUACAGGAGAGGGGAAGGCCCUCUCCAGCUCAUGAGGCCUUUGGCUCUCCUACAUCUGCCAACACUGAUCCAUAUGCAAAGCCUCCAGAUACGCCUAGGCCUAUAGACCCAUUUGUUAAGCCCAUGGGGCCUCCGAGGCCCGGGCCAGUAUCAGAACAGCAACAGCAACCAGGCAGACACAUGGUUAGCAGUGCUUCAGCUGGAGACACUUUUAGCAGGCAUGGCCACAGAGCAGAGGCCUGUCAGCGUAUGCCACAUAACCGUAUGGUUCUCUCUGACCCUUACUCAAGGCCAUUAUUAACACCUGUACCUGGAAGUAAUGAGUCUGGGUCUGUACCACUGUUUAAAGCCCCAAUGCCGCCUCCUCAGUCACAACAAGACUUCAGUGCAAUGCCACAGGUACUGCGGCGAGGGCCGGCUGACCCCUAUGAGAGGCCUCCUUUGACCCCUAGGCCAUCUGAUGGUUUCAAUCAGGGUCAACAGACUGACCCUUAUGCUCACCAGCCUCUCACCCCUCACCCAGCAGCUGGAGACAGUUUUGGCAGUGAGAACAGAAUGAUGCGUCAUCCUCAGGGGGGACACUUCUCACAGCCAAUGCCCAUGAACAGACAUCCACAAAGAGAUCCAUAUGCCCAGGCACCUUCUACACCCAGACCCGACUACUCUCAGCAGAUGCCUGAUCCUUAUGCCCAACCGCCUGGGACUCCUCGCCCAUCAGACCCAUAUGUCCAGUCACCUGGUACCUCAAGACCAUCUUCUGAUCCAUACUCAAUGCCUCCAUCCACCCCUCGACCAGCUGCUAUGGAGCAGUUUUCACAGCCACAAAUGUCAAAUCGCAGACAGUCUCCAUCUCACUCAGUGGAUCCUUACGCACAGAUGCCAGGCACCCCACGACCAGCACCAGGAGAACGGUACCCCAAAUCACCCGGUAGUCAAAGAAACUCAGACCCAUAUGCACAGCUACCUGGAACCCCAAGGCCCAUCAAGUCUGAUCCAUAUGACCAACCACCCGGCACACCAAGACCAGUCCUCACUGAUCCAUAUGCCCAGCCCCCUGGCACACCACGACCUGGAGCUGUCCAAGAAGUCUUUAAUAGAUCAGGCCCAAGACCAGGUUCAGUGACUCAUCCUGCAGACCCCUUUGGCCAUCAGGAUCCAUUUGCUCGGCCAGCUGGCCCUGGUUCUCAGACCCCAAAACACCCUGGGAUUUCAGAUGAAAAUUUCAACCUUUCUCAGUCUAAUUUACCAAAUCAGACACCUGUACAUGACCCCUUUGAACAAGCCCCAAUGACCCCAUGCCCUCAAUCUGGGGAAAGAUCAGUCCAUGAUAUGCCACAAUCCACAAGUAAUGCUUCUGAUCAGGGCACCAUGCAGCCACCACUAGGAGACACUGAGGAGAAACUGAAACAGCGUCAGAGGCUGCGCCAGAUGAUACUCAGACAGCAGCAACAGAAAAAUGCUAUUCGACAGGAAAAGGGUUUUCAGGAGGCAGCAGCCACCUCUGCCCCUGGAACUCCACGACAUUGGUCACAAGAAGAUUCUGGACCUCAAAGUGAUAUUUUUGGCAGACCUCCACCCCCAUAUCCAGGGACUGUGAGGGGGCCUCCUAUGCCAGUGGGACCAAGGUUCCCAGGUCCUUUCCUUGGUGACCAAAGAAGCCCUUUCCCCAAUGAAGGCCAAUGUGCUCGACCCCAAUUCACUAGAGACAUGGGUAAUAUGGGCAUGAGACCACAAGGGCAAAGGUUUGGAUAUCCUGCUGGUGCUCCAAGCCAGGAGCAGUUCCUCAGACCUCCACACCAGAUGCAAGGUGGGCCAGUGAUGGACAAUGUUGCACCACAGAUGAGGAGGUCUCUUUCUGUAGACCUUGGAAGACCAAUGAUGGGAAACCCUCAAAUUGGCCUGCCACAACAUUUUCCACCACGAGUCCCUCCUAUGCCUCAGCACAACAUAAUGGGUCAGCCUUUUAUUGAACUUCGCCACAGAGCACCUGAGAACAGGGUUAGGCUGCCUUUUGGGCCACCUAGUGUCUUGGACCAUCCAAACCAGCAUCAGAGACCUCCUCAGGGAUUCAUAGGAGGACAGGAUAUGACCUUUACAGGGAGCCAAGGGCCGAGGGUCAUGGAUCCAAUGAUGGCUCAGGCUCCACAUGUACCAGUCAGUCAUGUGCAGAUGUCAGCAAGCUUGGAAAAUUUACAGCAGCAGCCAAGCAUUCCAAUGAACGCAGGACCACAACAACCUUCACUAGCAGGUGACUCCGUCAGAGGGGAGGCACUUAAUGCUUCCCAGCCUGUACUUCUACCCUCUGCUUCAUCUGGUCAGACAGAAGAAAUCCAGUUGCCAUCUGGUGAUGGGAUAGAGGAGAAGUUAGACACAGAUGACUCUGCUGUGAAGGACUUAGAAGAUGUAGAAGUGAAAGAUUUGGUGGAUGAGGACCUGGAGAAUCUUAACCUUGGCCCAGAAGAUGGCAAAGAUUUAGACCUUGAAACCAAUGAUCUCCACCUUGAUGAUUUGCUGGAAUCUGGGAAAUUUGAUCUCAUUGCUUACACUGAUCCUGGACUUAACCUGGAAGACAAGAAGGACCUAUUCAAUGAAGACCUAGAUCUGAGUGACCCCAUUGAGGAUGAUCAUGGAGAGACCUCAGACCUUCAGAAGGCCUUAUCUGAGAAAAGAAACACCAGCUCCGGAGGUGCUACAUCCUCUCUAGCUCAGCCUGUGGGCAAAUUAGAGGAUGGUCAGUUGCCUGGCCAUGUCAAGUGCGAAGAGGGCAUCACUAGAGAGGGUCUUGAUGCCCUACAGAUGGAAAAGACGAUUCAGAAUGAAGUGAAACCUGAUUCACUAGUCAACAAGGACCGCUCUGCUUGUGGAGCACCGCUGAUGGACAGUACGGCUAUGAGUAGUAACCAAGGUGAUGUCACAAGGCUGUUUGAGGCGCCAGCCCAGCAGACUGGGCUGCCUAGCACAGAUGCCCUUACUGGUUCUGCUCCAGUGCUCUCAAGCCUGUUGAUCAAAGAGAAACUGGAGGAUACUGGGCUUGGGUCUACUGCAUCUUCCCACCAGGCUGAACAUGCAUCUCAGUCAAAUCACGGUCCAGGUCUCCAGGCAAACUUGGGCAUGGUGAUGCUGCCUGGACAAGUUCAAGACCAUAGCAUAAACCCCGCAAUGACUAUGGGACAUAGGGUUGAUCACUCACUCGCUCAGGGAGGACCAGUGGGCACAGACAUGAUGCAGGCAGGUAACCAGCAAGUUCCAGUCCAGGGCUUUGGAGCCCCUGCUGGGCAGCAAAUAGACCUGAACAUGCCUAUGGUUGGUGGUCAGCAGUCUGCCACCCAUAACAUGAACCCUCGGCCCCAGCAGAGCAUGUUUCCUCAGACAGCUGUGGGGCAGCAGAGUCAGCAGAACAGACCUCUAUUGCUGGAUGAGCAGCCCUUGCUAUUACAGGAUCUGCUUGAUCAAGAGAGGCAGGAGCAACAGCAGCAGAGGCAAAUGCAGGCAAUGAUUCGCCAGCGGUCCAGUGAUCCAUUUUUCCCUAAUAUUGAUUUUGAUGCCAUUACUGAUCCAAUCAUGAAGGCAAAGAUGGUAGCUCUUAAUGGAAUCAACAAAGUCAUGGCACAGAGUAGCAUGGGCAUGGCCCCCAUGGUUAUGAACAGAAUGCAUCAGAUGCCUGGAGCCCAUGGUCCAGAUGCACCUGGUCCCUCGCAGCAUCUGUUUGGACAGGAUGGAAAGCUGGCUCCCCAGAUGACACGGCCUAACCCCCCAAAUUUUGGACCUGGGUUUGUCAAUGAUGCUCAGAAGAAGCAAUAUGAGGAGUGGCUGCAGGAGACACAGCAGCUCCUUCAAAUGCAGCAGAAGUUUCUGGAAGACCAGAUAGGAGCCCACAGGAAAUCGAAAAAGGCUCUAUCUGCAAAGCAACGCACUGCUAAAAAGGCAGGGCGUGAGUUCCCGGAGGAGGAUGCAGAGCAGUUGAAACAUGUGACAGAACAGCAGAGUGUGGUACAGAAACAGCUUGAACAGAUCCGGAAACAGCAGAAGGAACAUGCAGAGCUUAUUGAGGAAUACCGUGUCAAACAGCAACAGCAACAGCGCAACCUUCAAAACCCUAUGAUGCAAGGGAUGCCAGCCAUGCCGGGGAUGCAAGGUCAACCCCCUGCUAUGAUGCCCGGUGGCCCGCCCAUGGGCCAGCCGAUGAUGGGUCCCAUGAUGCCGAUGCAGCCCCACCCAGGCCAGCCUAACCCUGCUCGUAUGCCCAACAUGCCAGGAUGGCACCCAGGCACUGCAGGACCAAUGGGUGGACCUAGGAUGCCACCUCAUAUUCCCCCUCAGAUGUCACCAGCAAACCCACCCCAAGCACAGCCUCCUCCCAGCAUGGUACCAGGAGGAAAACCUGGUCAGCCUGGUGGCAAUGCAGGAGGCAGCACAGGGGGUGGUGGCAGCAACACUCCUCAUGUAAAGUUUGAUGACAAUAAUCCAUUCAGUGAAGGCUUCCAGGAAAGAGAACGACGGGAGCGCCUGCGGGAGCAGCAGGAGAGGCAGCGAGUGCAGCUCAUGCAGGAGGUGGAGAGGCACAGAGCCCUACAGCAAAGACUGGAGAUGGAGCAGCAGGGUAUGGGUAUGGGGCCUGAUUCUGGACGUGACAGUCUCUCACAAAUGCCUUUCUACAAUGCUGACCUGCCCCAAGAUUUCAUGCAGCCACCCAGAUCUCAACAGCCUCAGCAGCAACAGCAGAUGGCUCCCAUGUUUCCACAACAGGGUAGUAUGCCAGUGGACUUCGGGGGACCUGGACCUGCUUUUAUGCAGGGAGGAGAGCGCAGACCUGUGCCUGGAAAUUGCUCAUUUGGCCCUGAGAUGGGCCCCAGUUUCCGGGGCAAAAACCCCAUGAUGCAUGGGCUCAACUUCCAGCAAGGUCAGCCUCGGCCUGCUGGGUUUGGGGGCCCAGGUGUUAUGCCCCUUGGUGGUGCUGAAGGAACUCCAUUUGGCAUGGAUUCCUCUACUCCACUGCCCCCCAACUACCCUGGAUCUGGCCAGUCCCUCAUUCAGCUCUACUCAAAUAUUAUCCCUGAAGAGAAGGGCAAGAAGAAAAGGAACCGGAAGAAGAAAAAGGAUGAUGAUGCUGAUUCAGUAAAGACUCCUUCCACACCCCACUCUGAUCUCACUGCCCCUCUGACGCCAUGUGUGUCUGACACGUCAUCCACCCCUACACGAAGUACCACACAUCUGGGUGACCAGGACUCAUCAGAGCUCUCCAACCCUGCUGGCCCUUCUGUGUCUGGCCUACCUCCUUCCUCUGAACUGGAACGACAACUAUCUGGAGGCAAUAGUCUGCUGGUGCGGCAGUCCAGUGUGGGUUCUGAGACAGAAAGAGGCCAUCUGAAUGAGACUCGUGAGAUCAAACUCGAGAAGCUGGAGGCCAGUGAAUGCCAUGGGUCUCUGGGAGAAUCAACCCAAGGGCAAGGAGCAGAAGGGAUGCGUAUUGUGAAGGAGGAAGAGACCAGUGAAGGAAUCUCCCCCAAUUUGACAAGUCAGAGUCCUGCUCACAGCACCAAGGGUGACUCUGGAAAUGAGCUGCUGAAACACCUGCUGAAGAACAAGGGCACACCCCCGCCUCCGCCCACACCACUCACACAUCAGAUGUCCAAUGACAGCCUGCGGUCAGAGGAAGAGGGAUUGGCUGACAGCAAAGGCUCAGAGAAGUUGGGUUGUGCAGACAACACUUCAACUGGCAAAGACAGGCAAUUGACAGGCGGUGCUGAGUCUAUUGAUUCUUCUGUCCCUGAGCAGGGGAAAAAGAAACAGCAGCGCAACAAGAGGGCUCCAAAGACUGGAACAGACAAACCUCAGUCACGUUACAAAAAGAGAAAGAAGGAGGAGGAGGAGAGGCAAAUUGUCUACCCCAGCACAGAUACACUGAUGACCCAGCUCAAACAGCAACUCUCCCUACUGCCUCUGAUGGAGCCACUUAUUGGGGUAAACUUUGCACACUUUCCCCCAUAUGGCAGUGGUCAGUUGAAUGGGGAAAAUAGACUGUCUGGCUCUUUUGGCAGUGCUUCGCUGGAUGGAGUAUCGGAUUAUUACUCCCAGCUCAUUUACAAGCAGAACAACCUGAGCAACCCUCCAACUCCUCCUGCCUCUCUUCCCCCUACACCUCCUCCAGUUGCAAGACAAAAGCUACUGAAUGGAUUUGCAACGGCUGAGGAGCUGGCUAGGAAGGCUGCAGUAAUGGGUGGCCAUGAAGUCUCUAAAAGCUUAGGUCCAAAGCAGCUCACCACCUCAUUUAAAGGUGAGGAAGACCUUCUGGCCCAAGCAAUUGCUCAUGGGCCCAAGACUGUUGACGUACCCCCAUCACUGCCCACUCCACCUCACAACAACCAGGAGGAACUCCGUGGACAGGAGCACUGUGACAGGGACACUCCCAACAGCUUUGUCCCAUCAUCAUCCCCUGAAAGUGUGGUUGGCAUGGAGAUCAGUCGUUACCCAGACCUGUCCAGAGUCAAGGAAGAGCCACCCUCUCCUGCUACCUCCCCUGUUAUCCCUAUGCUGCCUAGCGCCGCUGGGAAAGGGUCAGAAGUCCGGCAAUGGCAAGUGAAGACAGAGCCCUUGAGCAACUUUUUUGGCUCACAGUUUGGACAGCCACCCACCUGCUCCAAAACGGACCUGGUAUCCAUAGCUAUUUCUCUGAAUCCAGCUGCAGCAGAGAACAUUCCGGGUGUGGUGGCUGCUGUGGCAGAUCUGCUAUGUGUAUCUGUGCCCAGCAGCUAUGAGGUCAGCCGCACUCCUGAACGUAGCUCAUUGGACAUGCUGGCAGGGCUCAAGGUCCCACCUCCUCAAGGGGUGGACCCCCGCCAUGCUGCCAUGUUCCCACAGCAGCCUGGAAUGCCGUUCCUACGACCACCUGGGCCACCAGGAAUGAUCCAGCAACCUCAAAACUUGGGUCCCACACCAAGCACUGGUCCAGCUGUGGUCAGGACAGGCUAUCAGAUGGGAGGAGUCAGCCCUGGACCCAAACCACAAUGGUGCUGUCACUGUAAGGUGGUUGUUCUGGGAAAUGGAGUCCACAAAUCGACCAAAGAUCUGCCCCACAGUAAACAGGAGAGCCCAGGCCGAGCUGAGGGCAACAUGGUCUUCUGCAGCCAUAACUGCUUUGUUCUCUAUUCAGCUGCCAUGCAUAACAAAGCACCAGACAGCAGGCCCAGUGUGACCCUCUUACCUAACUCAGAGGAAAAGGAAAGCCCCACUAAGGUUCUCCACCAGUACAAUAACAACAUGUCCACGCUUGAUGUUCACUGUUUGGCCCAGAUGCAGACGAAGCAGUCACCCCCUUCCACUCCUCCCAUCUCUUUUCCCUCCAUAACCUCUGAGAUAAUUAAAACUGAGUCCAAAUCCGAUGCUCUUAAAGUCACGGUCAAGCUGAAACCCCGUCCUCGCGCAGUGCACAACGGUGGCGCGGAGGAGACACGCCAAUCAUCUGGAAAACGCUGGAAGGGUCUGCGCUGGAGGAAGUGGAGUGUACACAUUGUGGUUCCCAAGAGCAACUUCCACCUUCCAAGUGAGGAAGAGGUAGAUGAGCUACUGAUGAAGCUGGGUGUGACUCUGAGACCAGAUCCACUGCCAAAAGACAUGCGCCGCUGCUGUUUCUGCCACGAGGAGGGAGAUGGUCUCACUGAUGGCCCUGCCCGUCUCCUUAACCUGGAUCUAGACCUGUGGGUGCACCUCAAUUGUGCCCUGUGGUCCACUGAGGUGUACGAGACACAGGCAGGUGCACUCAUCAACGUGGAACUGGCUUUGAGGAGGGGCUUGUCGGUCCGCUGCGCAUACUGUCAGCAGACUGGCGCGACCAGCGGCUGCCACCGCCUGCGCUGCACCAACGCCUACCACUUUACCUGUGCCCUCAAAGCUCAGUGCACCUUCUACAAGGACAAGACCAUGCUGUGUCAUCUUCACAGGCCCAGAGGUGGAGGCUCCAGCGGGGUCGGACCAGGGGGUGGUCACGAACACGAACUGCGCUGCUUUUCCGUCUUCCGCCGCGUCUACGUUCAAAGGGACGAGGCACGGCAGAUCGCCAGCAUCGUUCAACGUGGGGAACGCGAACACACCUUCCGCGUCGGAAGUCUGGUGUUUCACGCCGUGGGUCAGCUUCUGCCACAGCAGAUGCAUGCCUUCCACUCAUCCACUGCCAUCUUCCCCGUGGGCUACGAGGCUAGCCGCAUCUACUGGAGCAUGCGCCAAGGAAACCGCCGCUGCCGCUACCUGUGCUCCAUUGAUGAGAGGGACGGCCAACCUGAAUUCAUUAUCAGAGUCAUGGAGCAGGGUUUUGAGGACCUAGUACUCACUGGCAGCACACCCAAGGGAGUGUGGGAUAAGGUGUUGGAGCCAGUGGCACAGAGACGAAGCGAGACCGGAACGCUUAAACUCUUCCCUGUCUACCUGAAAGGAGAGGACUUGUUUGGACUAACAGUGUCAGCAGUCACCAGGAUUGUGGAAUCGCUCCCAGGAGUGGAGGCGUGUGAGCGAUACACAUUCCGUUAUGGUCGCAACCCUCUCAUGGAGCUUCCUCUGGCUAUCAACCCUUCUGGCUGUGCCCGCUCUGAACCUAAGGCAUGCACACAUGUCAAGAGGUUUGUGUUAAGGCCUCACACCCUGACCAGCAGCAGCUCUUCCAAGUCCUUCCAGAGCAACAGUAACCCUGCUGAGCUUGGAGCCCCAUACAGCAAGCAGUUUGUCCAUUCUAAGUCCUCCCAGUACCGCCGCAUGAAGGCAGAGUGGAAGUCCAACGUCUACUUGGCCCGUUCUCGCAUACAGGGUUUGGGACUGUACGCUGCAAGGGACAUUGAGAAAUACACCAUGGUAAUUGAGUACAUCGGUACCAUCAUUCGCAAUGAAGUUGCCAACAGGAAGGAGAAGAUGUAUGAAUCUCAGAACCGCGGUGUCUACAUGUUCCGAAUUGACAGUGAGCAUGUCAUUGACGCAACUAUCACAGGAGGACCAGCAAGGUACAUUAACCACUCCUGUGCACCCAACUGCAUAGCUGAGGUUGUGACUUUUGAGAGAGGCCACAAAAUCAUCAUCACUUCCAACCGUCGCAUUCAGCGGGGGGAGGAGUUGUGUUAUGACUACAAGUUUGACCUUGAAGAUGACCAGCAUAAGAUUCCUUGUCACUGUGGUGCAGUAAACUGCCGGAAAUGGAUGAAUUAAAACAGGGAGAGAUUCGGGGCACAUUAAGAAAAGGACAACACCACACAUAUGCAUUCCUUGUUAUCUUUUUUCAAGGCCCGUUUCUUAACAACAAGUGUUUUAUUACUACAAAUCACAAUCCUUAUCAGGGCAAGAGACAGACUGUAAAACUGUAAGAAGAGUCAGGGGUGAGGUGACCUGCUCCAAGGUGAUUAUAAACAUCAUUUUUUUAAAAAAAGGCACAAAGACAAUUCUGUAAAUGGAAUGGGGGUGGCGAUUGAGGCUAGGGUGAACACUUUGACUCAUGAAUGGCCUGUGUCUUGGGUCUGCGUAACAGAAAAAAAUGGAAGGGUCUUUCUCAAACGUGAAAGUAGAGUGUGAAUAUCUUUUGCAUAUGCAGUGAGAGUGGGGGAAUCGGGACAUUGGGGGUAGGGGAGGGGUUGAACUCACCAGCUGACCCGGACAGUAAAGUGCUGGACACAGCCUUAUUUAGUAAACAAGAGGCAGGACCUCUGGAUAAAAAGAAAUAUAUACAAAUAUAUACAUAUAUAGUUACAGAAAUGUAGACACCACUGAACAAGGAAUGUACUGAGAAGACUUCCUUAGGGAUAAAGCUAAGGGAAUAUUAACUUGCACUAAAACAAACAAAAAAAAAGAUACAGUAAAAAUACUUGAUUCCAUGAGUCAGUUUAUUUUUUUUUUUUUUCAGUUG